UUCUUUGUUUGGUGACGUAAUGAUGGUUGUAGUGCCGGAGCGACAUGGCGGCGCUCAGGAGGGGUACAGCGUACUUCAGUUUCGUUAGGAAUUCCGCUCGUGUCCUGUUCAGCAGCAGAAAACCUGCAGUCAGUAAACUGGGAAAAUGGACAAAUGUUGUCUACACAGGCGUAGCAUCUUUAGCUGUGGGCGCUGGGCUGUGUGCUGUACCUUUCAAACAGGUUGAACCCCUUUCUCAUGACACCCUUAUCAGAAGAGCAGCCUCUCUGGUGACAGAUAGUUCAAGCACGUUUCUCUCUCAGGCCACCUUAGCUCUAAUAGACACCAUCACCGAGUACUCCAAAGCUGUGCACACACUCAUUGCUCUACAAAAACGAUAUCUGGCCUCACUGGGAAAACUGACCCCUGCAGAGGAGGAUUCAAUCUGGCAGGUGAUCAUUGGCCAGCGUGCAAAGGUUAACGACAGACGGGAAGAUUGCAGGCAUUUCGAGUCAGUCUGGUUCACUGCGGUGAAGCUCUGUGAAACAGCAGCUGAGGCGGCAUACACAUCAGGAGCUGACCAUGCUUCUGUCACAGCAAGGACAAACAUUGAGGUGGCCCAGUCACAAGUGGAGGCGGCACAAAAAAUCUCAUUAGAUGCAGAUAAGAAGUUGGCUGAGACUAAAGUAAUGGAGGUUGAAAGGAUGGCACAGCAUGCUGCCUCCUUAGAGAAUAAUGAUGAGGAAGAGGUGCCUGAGGCUUAUCUAAGAGAAGACUGAAAUAAACAUCCACAAGUAUCAGACAACAAUAACUUUUUAUGAUCCGUAAUAUGUUUGGUUUGGUCGUUUGACUCAUUUGUUCAAACUUGUGUGCUUAUAUCAACAUAAAUCUCUGGAAAAGAGAGAAGGUCAUCUCAGUCAUUAAAAGGUUCUUUGAAGAAGCAAUUUAUUUUUGGUUACCGACAGAUUGUGAACCAGCACAAAUCAUUUGUAUUAUGUCAAAACUGAUUGCAAUAAAGACAAAAAC